AUGGCUGUUAAGCUUGAAUCACGCCGUCAUUGGUUGAAAUUUAGAAAUUUCCUCGAUUCUAACCAUGGAAUAAAAGUGAAUUUCAGUGGAGUUCACAUGAAUUAUUAUUCUGCAUGGGUUUAUGCUACGAAAGAUGACAAGGAUUAUAUACAGUCUUUGAAUCACCCUGAUCUAACGAAUGGUGAUUUCCCAGUCACAAAUAAUGCUAGUCUGUGUGUGCAAAGUAACGCCGUAGACAGUGAACCUACUCCUGAUUCCGAAGCGACGGAUGGCCGCAAGAGGAUGAGCAUUUUUGACAUGUCUCAACUUGCAGUUUCGAAGAAAAUACGAACCCGACUAGAACUUCUUGCUUUGGCAAAUUAGCAGAAGAGAGAAGGGAAAAGUGGCCCAGUUCGUUGCCAAUCAAGGAUCGAAAGCAGUCGAGGAAGCUUUGACCGUUGGCUGGGAGUUGGAAGAGGCGGAGAAAAAGUUGGAAAGGUCGAAACUUAGCAGAAUCGAGGUUCUGGAGAAAAAGUUGGAAGAGCAAUGCGUGGAAGGAUGCCUAGGCAAAUGGUUAGCUAUGGCCAUUGACAUCCUAACCAGAAACGGUAUCAAUGUUACGGCAUUUGCGGGGGCGGUACGUGUAUCAUUGGAGAAAGGUCAUGGAAAAUACCGCAACAUUUAUCUUAGGGGCCCAGCAAAUUGCUGUAAGACAUUCCUGUUAAACCCACUUAACCAAAUUUACAGCACCUUCCACAAUCCUGCUACCACGACUUUUGCCUGGGUAGAAGCCGAAGAUGCAGACGUCAUUUUCCUGAACGAUUUCAGGUGGUCUAAGCAGAUUAUACCAUGGCAUGAUCUUUUACUCAUGUUGGAAGGUCAGUUAGUGCAUUUACCCGCGCCCAAAAGUCAUUACAGCAAAGACGCUACUCUCUCUAGUGAUUUGCCAAUAUUUUGUAUGGCAAAAGAAGAAAUCAGUUUCGUUAAGGGAGGUGUGUUGGAUGCUACGGAAACAGAAAUGAUGAGAGUGAGGUGGAAUGUAUUUGGUUUCCACGCAGAAAUUUUUAAAAACGAGCAAAUCGAGGCUCAACCAUGCGCCAGAUGCUUUGCUGAACUAAUUAUGCAGAGGCAGUAAGACAAGUUUAACAAAAGUACUGAAGUGCAGAACCAAAUUGUCACUAAAUGUAACAGACUAGAGUUAUUUCAUUGUGUAGAUUCGCAUCCGAAGCGCUCACUAUUUUCUGAUUGGUUAUAACAAACGGAGACCAAUAGCGACUGUAGUAGAGCGCCUUUAAUCUAACAGUGACGUCACGGUACACACUUGUGUAGCGUAGAGUUAAAGAAUACACAGUGGAAUAUUUUUAUCACUUCGGUACACAGCCGUGUACUGUGUCAAAUUACUAAACUUUCAAAAUAACAUUACUUACACCAAUUUUUACAGUUUUAUACAGUUAUUUUUCUUGAAUAGACGGGAGUUUAAAACCGCAAUAUGUAAUGUAUAUAUUAAUAUAGUAAAAUGGAAUGUUAUUUAGUAUUUUGAUCUAAUUCAUUUUUUGCUUAGUAUCGUGGUAAUGCGAUUAGACAUAGUUUCGAGUGUCCGAUCAACAAGGUCAACACUUAA